CAACUAGCUGUCAUUACGUCACUAUGAAUGUACCUAUAAAUAUGUCUAACCCAUGACUCCUUUCUUCAUCGUUGAAAAACUUGAACAAUUCAAACCCCUAAAGCUACCAUUUUCACAAAUCAAUUUUUUCUCUCUCAAACCAUAUACUAGUACUUCUUUUUUCUAUCAAUGGCAUUCAAAAAAGCGCUAACUCAAUGUCUUCUCAAUGUAUACAAAACGACUGGCUUUUCUAUUUCCGCCUGUCGUAUAUCUUCGUCGUCCAUGUCCGCCAGAACACUUACCCUUCCUCAUCCCGAUAGCAAAAUUGCUCCAGAUCCCGGAGAUAAUGGAAUUUUCAGGCGAUUAAUCCACCGCAGACACAUGUACACGUCUCCGUCCACUUCGCCGGAGCUCCGGACAAUAUCGACCGGAGAAACUCUCAUCGAGAAACUACGUGAAAUGGAUGUUAGUAGAAGCAGGAUUAAACUUGACGGCCUCCUCCCGCCGAAGGAAUCGGAGCCGGAGGAGAAAUUGACGGUGGCGGAUGCAAGGAAGGUGCUAAGGUUAUCACAACUGGAGAUGGUGAAAUUGAGGCUAAAACAGAUUGAAAAGAAUUGUAUUUCCUACUCGGAAUUUCUUCAGAUUUGCUCUGGAAAUUGUUCGAAUAGUGGACAAGGCAUCGAAUUCGCGAAGAUUCUUGAUGAUUCUGGAACUGUGAUUGUUCUAGGAAACGGUGUGUUCCUCCGGCCUCAUCAGGUAGUGAAAUCCCUACAAGGCCUAUUGCCAACGCCCUUGGCGAAAACAAAUGACCCACAAAUGAUGAAAGAGCUCAACCAAAUGGAAGAGGAAAAAGCAAUAAUUGACAAGAAAGCAGAGUCAUUGGUGCGCAGAGAAUUAUGGUGUGGGCUAGGCUACUUUGUCAUUCAGACAGCAGCAUUCAUGAGAUUGACAUUUUGGGAACUCUCAUGGGAUGUCAUGGAACCAAUUUGCUUCUAUGUUACAUCCUUUUACUGCAUGGCUGGUUACACCUUCUUCCUUAAGACCUCCAAAGAGCCUUCUUUCGAAGGAUUUUUCCAGAGCCGAUUUGUCUCCAAGCAAAAGCGACUCAUGAAGCUCAGGAAUUUCGAUCUUCAAAGGUAUAACGAGCUCAGAAGAGCUUGUUACCCUCUUCAGGAAGAACCUUAACGUUUGAUUCAUCAGAUAGUGUUCACAAGACAGAAUUUAACAAUUUACAUGAACAUUUUGCUAGGUAGAAGUAUCUAUUUUAGGAAUAGUUAAUACUUUUUUUUAAGAAGGGAGUUCAAACAAGAAACAGAGACAUCAAUUAGUCUUUUAUUUUUUCCUUCCCUUUUUCUCAUCUUUUUUAUUUAAUUUUAAUCAUCAAUGUGUCAUAAUGACGGCCAAUGUAAAUACAAUUGAAGAGGAAUUCCCAUAAAAUUGUGAACCCGA